AAAUUAAAACUCCUCCUUCAAAAAAAAAAAAAAAAAAAAAAAUUCCCCAAAAGCGUCGUGAAAUUUCCUCUCCUCUGCACUGAGCCUCAGACGAGCCACGAAAGGUGAGUUAAAGGUUUGGCCAUUGUUAUCUACUGGAAGGUUCGAGUCCAUCGCUCCCAUCUUCGUCAUGACCGUGACGGUGUCUCAGGGUGAAGGACUGACGGUCAUCAGCGUCACCUCAAACCCAAAGAGCAAAUGGCCCGUACUGUGUCAGAUUCUGGGCUUUCUGUGCUACAGUCCAGUGUGCUCUGUAUCUCAGGGUAUGAAAGGGAAGCUGAAGGACGUCCACACAGCUUUUGGAGUUGUGCACAUGAUAAUUGGCGUCCUCAAUAUUGUUGUGGGGAUUGUGUUCAUAAGUCUCGGGUUUUACUGGAACGUGUAUAUGAUGGCCAACGGGCCCUUUUGGAUUGGUAGUGUGUCCAUUGUAAUUGGAAUCGUAUGCAUCCUCAUGGUGAAGUUUCCCUCUUCUUGUCUGCUGACAAUUGGGAUCAUUCUGAAUAUAGUCAGUGCUGCAUUCGCUAUCACAGCUGUUGUACUGUACACAGUGGACGUGACAAAUAUGCAUACAAGGUACAGCUGUGAAAGCCGCAGUUAUGGCUAUUCAAGUUACAACGUCUAUGGUUAUGAUCCUGAAGAAAAUCGGAGAAGAGAGCUGUGUCUGUACUACAGGAAUGUCACCGAGAUGGUCCUCAGAGGACUAGAUAUCAUGAUGAUAGUGCUGUCGGUCCUUCAGAUCUGCGUGAGCAUCAGUUUCUGCGUGUUGACCGGGAAAGCUUUGUGCAAGAAGGAGGAAGAUGAAAAGUCGGUGGAGGAUCCAGAACUUGACAAGCCGCUGCUGGAAGACGCCGCCGCUGGUGCCGUGUGACGAGAUAAACACACAAAAAUAAUCAAACCUACUCUCUGUAAUGCAAUGGCAUUUUGUGUCUCAGUAUCGGAGUGAAAUGGUUUAAAGCAGAUCAGCUCCAUUCACAACACUGCUAAAUUAGAUUUGUUUUUUCCUUUUACAAAAGUGUCAUCGUUGAUCUUUCUUCAUUUACAAUAGCGGGUGUUGCUUUUUAUUACUUUCUUAAUUUUUUGUUGUGCUCUUUGGGGCUAAAAAUAAAUUACUUCAGCACUUUGGCAUCAA